CCGAAGCCACGAAAUGAAGCUUACGAUAGAAUAUUCAAAGCAUAAGUUAUUAAAGUUUUGGUAUUUUAUUGUUGUACAACUUGUCGUUUUUCGUUUUUUUUUUUCCUUUUAUUUUUGUUUUUGGGUAAAUUUACAACUUGUCGUUUAUGGUCCGAUCGAACACAAAUACGGCAUCUCUUCACCAGAAACGACGCCUGAUCUUUCCGGCAAUUGUUUUGAUUUCCUCAACGAAGCAGCAGACAAGCAACGCAGCUUAGGUAUGGUUAUAUAAGAUUAUAAGCUGUAUGAUCAAAGCCUAAGAGGUCAUACAGUGAAGUUUGGUCUUCAUUGUCUUAACUUCAUGACUGGAUGGAUGAAAAACGGCAUAUUGCAAUUUUUACUACUGCCAGCCUUCCAUGGAUGACUGGAACUGCAGUCAAUCCUCUAUUACGUGCAUGCUAUCUUUCAAGAGAUGGGGAGAGAAAGGUCACAUUGGUAGUUCCUUGGUUAUCUUUGAAAGAUCAGAAACUAGUAUAUCCCAAUAAUUUUACAUUCAGCUCACCAACAGAGCAGGAGGCGUAUCUCCGUCAUUGGCUUGAGGAGAGGACUGGAUUUAAGUCGAACUUUAGUAUACACUUUUAUCCAGGGAAGUUUGCCGUGGAUAAAAGGAGCAUUCUUGCUGUUGGAGAUAUUUCUGAAAUAAUCCCUGAUGACGAUGCAGAUGUUGCCAUUCUUGAGGAGCCUGAGCACCUUACAUGGUUUCAUCAUGGGAAGAGAUGGAAAACCAAAUUCCGCUUGGUUAUAGGAAUUAUUCACACAAAUUACCUGGAAUAUGUGAAGAGAGAGAAGAAUGGAAAAGUCCGAGCAUUUCUUCUUAAAUACUUGAAUUCUUGGGUUGUUGGUAUAUACUGCCAUAAGGUAAUCAGAUUAUCUGCUGCAACACAAGACUAUCCAAAUUCCACCAUCUGCAAUGUUCAUGGUGUGAAUCCCAAGUUUCUUGAGAUAGGCAAGAAAACAAUACAACGACAACAAAGUGGAAACCAGGCAUUCACCAAAGGGGCAUACUAUAUUGGGAAGAUGGUAUGGAACAAAGGCUACAAGGAACUACUCGAACUUCUUCGUGAUCACCAGAAGGAAUUAGUUGAGCUUGAGGUUGACUUAUAUGGAAGUGGUGAGGAUUCUCAACAAAUCCAGCAAGCUGCUGAAAAGCUAGAAUUGGUUGUUAGAGUUCACCCAGGGUGUGAUCAUGCUGAUCCUCUAUUUUAUGAUUAUAAGGUGUUCCUGAAUCCAAGCACUACUGAUGUGGUUUGCACAACCACAGCUGAAGCGUUAGCAAUGGGAAAAAUUGUCGUGUGUGCUAAUCAUCCCUCAAAUGAUUUCUUCAAGCAGUUUCCAAAUUGCCGAACAUAUGAUGACAGCAAAGAGUUUGUUAAGGUCACACUGAAAGCACUAGCAGAUGAGCCUGCCCAGCUGACCAAUGCACAGAGGCAUGAACUGUCCUGGGAAGCAGCCACAAAUCGGUUUCUAAGGAUUGCUGAGUUGGACCAGGCAUUGAAAAAAACUUCGUCAAAAUCUCCUUCAAAGAACUUUAUGUCUACAUCCUUGGAUCCACUAAAGAAAUUGGACAAUGCAUCAGCAUAUGUGCAUUUUCUUGCUUCUGGGUUUGAAACAUCACGUAGGAUGUUUGGUGCAAUCCCAGGAAGCUUGCAACCAGAUGAAGAGCAACGUAAGGAACUUGGCUUGGUUACUCCUGCAGAAAAUAAGAUAACUCGAGAAAUUCCCAUAGUUCCUUAAUAAUCAACUCUGCAUUAUUCUAAAAUUUGAUGGAAUGUGUUAAAGAUAUCUUAUCCAAAUUGUGAACCACAUAUUCAAAUCGUUUCAUUUUGUAUUCAGUAGAUUUGAGUCAGUUUAAGUUUAUCUGGAUAAACAUUGGGAAGCAGGGAGGUUGUAUUUUGAGUCACUGUAAAUGCCGUGUACAUGUAUAUAUUGUUGUUCACCACCAUGUAAUGUUUGUAUAUUACCACUAGUUCUAAACUUUGCAUUUUCUUACU